UCUCACCGCCCUGAGAUCAUGACCUGAGCAAAAAUCAAGUCUGCCACUCAAACACCUGAGCCACCCAGGUGCCCCCUGGGCCAUAGCACAGGAUGCAGAAGGAAGGAGAAUGCAAUUCAAAAGGUAAAUAAAGAUUUUGUUGUGCCCAAGAUCACGAAUCCAAGAAACCACCGAGGGGCCCGCCCCGAUGCAAACACACGAGGGUUGAUUUACAAGCUCAAGCUUGGGCCCAGGUGCACCUGACACAGCGGAGCAGGGACUUGGACCCCAGAUGCAUAUUGUAGGAGUAUUUUGAGGAUGAAUGUUUGCAAAUCAUUUUGAAAUUGCCAAACGCCACAUACAUGGGAUGCAUCCUGCUUUUACAUUGGAGCUCACCCCUGUGGCUUGGAUUUAUCACUGUAGCAUCUGUGUCCAAUCUAUGUGUUAACUAGAAAUCAAGGGAAGACAUGAGGAGGUUUGUUUACUGCAAGGUGGUUCUAGCCACUUCACUGAUGUGGGUUCUUGUUGACGUCUUCUUACUCCUGUACUUCAGUGAAUGUAACAAAUGUGAUGACAAGAAGGAGAGAUCCCUGUUACCUGCACUCAGGGCUGUUAUUUCAAGAAAUCAAGAAGGGCCAGGAGAAAUGGGAAAGGCUGUGCUGAUUCCUAAGGAUGACCAGGAGAAAAUGAAAGAACUGUUUAAAAUCAAUCAGUUUAACCUUAUGGCCAGUGAUUUGAUUGCCCUUAACAGAAGUCUACCGGAUGUAAGAUUAGAAGGAUGCAAGACAAAGGUCUACGCUGAUGAACUUCCAAACACAAGCGUAGUCAUUGUGUUUCACAAUGAAGCUUGGAGCACUCUCCUUAGAACUGUUUAUAGUGUUAUAAAUCGUUCCCCACGUUAUCUGCUCUCUGAAGUCAUCUUGGUAGAUGAUGCUAGUGAAAGAGAUUUUCUCAAGUUGACAUUAGAGAAUUAUGUGAAAAAUUUAGAGGUGCCGGUAAAAAUUAUUAGAAUGGAAGAACGUUCUGGGUUAAUACGUGCCCGCCUUCGAGGAGCAGCUGCUUCAAAAGGGCAGGUCAUAACUUUUCUCGAUGCACACUGUGAAUGCACCUUAGGAUGGCUGGAGCCUUUGCUGGCAAGAAUAAAAGAAGACAGGAAAACAGUGGUAUGCCCUAUCAUUGAUGUAAUUAGUGAUGAUACCUUUGAAUAUAUGGCUGGGUCAGAUAUGACUUAUGGGGGUUUUAACUGGAAACUGAAUUUCCGUUGGUAUCCUGUUCCCCAAAGAGAAAUGGAUAGAAGGAAAGGAGAUAGAACAUUACCUGUAAGGACCCCUACUAUGGCUGGUGGCCUAUUUUCUAUUGACAGAAACUACUUUGAAGAGAUAGGAACUUACGAUGCAGGAAUGGAUAUCUGGGGUGGAGAGAAUCUUGAAAUGUCUUUUAGGAUUUGGCAAUGUGGAGGUUCUCUGGAGAUUGUGACUUGCUCCCACGUUGGUCACGUUUUUCGGAAGGCAACUCCAUACACUUUCCCUGGUGGCACUGGUCAUGUCAUCAACAAAAACAACAGGAGACUAGCAGAAGUUUGGAUGGAUGAAUUUAAAGAUUUCUUCUAUAUCAUAUCCCCAGGUGUUGUCAAAGUGGAUUAUGGAGAUGUGUCAGUCAGAAAAACACUAAGAGAAAAUCUGAAGUGUAAGCCCUUUUCUUGGUACCUUGAAAACAUCUAUCCGGACUCCCAGAUCCCAAGACGUUAUUACUCACUUGGUGAGAUAAGAAAUGUUGAAACCAACCAAUGUUUAGACAACAUGGGCCGCAAAGAAAAUGAAAAAGUGGGUAUAUUCAACUGCCAUGGUAUGGGAGGAAAUCAGGUAUUUUCUUACACUGCUGACAAAGAAAUCCGAACUGACGACUUGUGCUUGGAUGUGUCUAGACUCAGCGGACCUGUAAUCAUGUUAAAAUGCCACCACAUGAGAGGAAAUCAGUUAUGGGAAUAUGAUGCUGAGAGACUCACCUUGAGACAUGUUAACAGUAACCAAUGCCUCGAUGAACCUUCUGAAGAAGACAAAAUGGUGCCUACCAUGCAGGACUGUAGUGGAAGCAGAUCCCAACAAUGGCUGCUAAGGAACAUGACCUUGGGGGCGUGAAGAUUGUUUCCCCAAAGCCAUGAAAGUGUCUACACUUUUGUUUUUCCAUUAUCUCAAUUAGGGAAAGAUAUUAACUUUGCUGAAUUGAAAGUUUUAAGAUCCUUUUAGUAUUCUAAAAUACAGUUGUUUAUAAUUCAUUUUUAGGAAUGUUUGCUUAUUUCCCUACUAAAAUUUGUAUCUGAUCAAAAGAAGCACAUACAAUAUAUAAAUAACAGCAAACUGUUAUCAAACACCAGAAGAACUUGAAAAAUAAAUUGUGUUUGCUUUUUUUUAAAAAAAAAAAAAAAACCUCUAUUGCCCUCAUCUCAUAGGAUCAGUCAGGGGCUGAUUUUAAUUUUUUUCUUGUCAUAGUGAUUGAAAGAGAGACAAUGUAAAUGCCUUAUGAAAUAUUUUAAUUAUGAUAUAUCAUCAAAUGUUUGAAAAACUCACUCUGUUUCUAAUGGACCUUCAUGGAAACAUGUUGAAUUUCUAUGUCAAUAACAAGGCCACAUGUUGAAUUAUUUCUAAGCAGUGAAUUCAUCGUACAAGAUAGGUUUCAAUUUUGUAGAGAAAAAUUAAAUUGGAUAUUGACUUCUCAAAGGGUCUAUAUAAAAGCAUCACAGAGAAAAUGGAGGAGAGUUUGAAAGUUCAACUUCAAGUACAUGAAAUCAGAGGAAACUAGGUAGGCAUUGAGGGGAGCAAGAUAAAACUACACUGAAAAAAAUAAAUCAUUUUAAAAGAUACUGUUUUGGUUGCAAUCACUCCUAACAUAGGUUGAGCAUAACAAUCAUCAUGGUCCCAGAGUUGCUAAUGGAAACUCAAUUCUUAACCAUGGACCCAUAUGGACCUUUUUCUCUUCACUCUAGAGGGUGACUUUGUCUCUUAUGCUGUACAGAAUUGUAGGUGAAGCAUAGAAGAUUGGCCAUAAUUUUUAAUUACUUUGCAUUCGAAGAUUCUAGUUGGACCACUAUUACCAUUUUAAUUUUAUGUUUUAAAAAAUAAUGCACUACUAUCAGAAUUUCACUGCCAUGCAAUAGUAUCUAAAGUUUUCACUGGGGGAAUGAGCUCCAUACACAUCCAUUAAACUUUUAAUUAAACUGCUUAAAAUCAUUUGCCAUAAACUAUAGUUUGAGUGAGACAAUAAUAGACAACUUCACAUGUUCUUUUUCCAUCUUAAAACCCUUUGUGUUCAAAAUACAUGAGCAGAAGAUGUGAAAAGGAAGGAAAAUUUAUCUGAGAUUUGCGCUAGUAAGUUUUAGGAUCUGACACCAUUUAAAAUGCCCCUGAAGUUGCUCAACAUAUGUGACUCAUUCAUUAUAAGUGCACUAGGCUACGAAAAGAAAUUUAGGGGGAAAUGGAAGAAGCAUCCUCUGGAGCAGAAGAUACUACAUCUUUGGCCCUCAUCUUUUCUUAAAAAUC